CGUGGAAGUGUGCUUUGUUAAUUUUAACUGUCCGGCUCGGCAAGUGAACAUGGCGGACAAGACUAAAGUCGCUGAGCAGUACUACGCCCCGCCGCCGGACCUGGGGAAAUGGGAGGCUUUCAGAAUAUUCCUCUGGAACUCCGAGACUGGACAAUUCCUCGGCCGCACGGGAUCCAGUUGGGCAAAAAUCCUUUUAUUCUACCUGAUCUUCUAUGCGGCGCUGGUGGGUUUCUUCGCGGCCAUGCUGGCGAUCUUCUACCAGACCCUGGACUCCAAGAUGCCUAAAUGGCAACUGGACGGAUCGCUGAUCGGCAGCAAUCCAGGUCUGGGCUUCCGACCCAUGCCCGACUCUGCGAACGUGGAGAGCACCCUGAUCUACUACAAGGCGAACGAUAAGGGAUCCGUGCUUAAGUGGGCCAAGAUCAUCGAUGAUUUCCUUGACCAAUACCGCAAGAAAGGCAGUGGUUCAGGCGAAGCUCAGGGCGCGGAGAACCGAGUGCCAUGCACGCCGACCAGCGGCGCUGUGGGCGAGAAGCAGGUGUGCGACGUGCCUGUGGACGAGUUCAACCCUUGCACCCCAGCCAACCAGUACAACUACGAAGAAGCCGGGCCCUGCGUCUUCCUCAAGCUCAACAAGAUUUUCAACUGGAUCCCACAGCCGUACAACAACACGGAAGAUCUGCCCCAACACAUGCCUGAAGACUUGAAGCAACACAUUAAGAUGGUCUCCGGUAAGCCUGAAGCCAACACAGUGUGGGUGUCCUGCGAGGGAGAGAAUCCUGCUGACGUGGAGAACAUCGGACCCGUGCAGUACAUCCCGCGGCGAGGGUUCCCGGCGUACUACUACCCCUUCUCCAAUAAGGAGGGGUACCUGAGUCCCCUCGUGGCGGUACUCUUUGAGAAGCCUAGGACUGGUGUCCUUAUCAACAUAGAAUGCAAGGCGUGGGCCAAAAACAUCUUCUAUGACCGCUACGAGCGGCGGGGCUCAGUCCACUUCGAGCUGAUGGUGGACCGCUCUUAAACAGCCAGGCCUGGCCACUAACUGACCCCAAGGUCACCGACAAGGUCAAGUGGCCCGGGUCAAGGUCAACUUAUCGCUAAGCUCACCGUUUGUUUGCCAAAAUGUUGCCCAUUUGUUGAUUUUAGAUUGUUAUUGGACAAAUGAGCGAGUGAUGAGGCUUGUAGUGCAGGUAUGGAUCAUCUCAGACGAAAUUAGUCAUUAUAUCUGGAUACACACGCUUCACAUUCCCAUGGGAGGUCAGUUAGUCGUCAGCCGUUUGGCCCACACUGCCAAGGUCGCCAGGAGGCGGAGGUGGAGUCUCCGGUCACCAGCGCGGCGUAGCAAUAGCCCUAUAGAAGGCGUUUUAUUUGUAUUCGUUUUAGAAUAAGCCACGAGGCGCCACUAUUACACGCUUCAAAGUUGACAUUUUUAAAUUUAAUAUUUAUUAUAAUUGUAAUGUUUUCCGGACGGAGAGUCAAUAAACACGCAAUAGUUGGUUCCAAUGUAGGUUU